AAAUUCUUACACUGAGCAUGCGCAGUGAGCGCUGGUAAUGAUUUUUUUUUUCCUGGUCCGAAUUGUCACAUGACCAGAGGGAAGUCAGGCUCCGGACCUGUUCGUACCCCGAGUUUACUAAUGGCAUUUUUAUCCAGCUGACAUGGCAGGCUGAGUUCAUAAGAACCAUGACGCUCCAAGCUCCUCGAAUGUCAGUGUUCACCUUCCAGUCUGCGGUGCACAGCGCCCAUGUCCUCCAGUGUCUGAAUGACCAGAGGCAGCGGGACGUCCUGUGUGAUGUGACGGUGUUGGUGGGAGACAGGAGUUUCCGGGCCCAUUGCUCCGUCUUGGCCUCUUGCAGCGACUACUUUCGCAGCAGGGUGACCAGCGUCACCAGACAGAAUCCUAUUGUUACCUUGCCUGAUGAGGUGACCGCGGAAGGGUUUGAACCUUUGCUUCAGUUCGCCUACACAUCAAAGCUGCUUUUCACCAAAGAAAACAUUCAUGCAAUUCACAGCAGUGCUGAGUUUUUAGGAUUUCACAACUUGGAGUCAGCGUGCUUUGAUUUCCUCAUCCCAAAGUUUUCUGAAGGCAAAGGAACACCACAGGAGGUCAGGCAAAGAGCCUGUUGUCAGAGCCAGGAUCCCAGUGCCAGUUUUGGCUCCGGUGUAGAGAGUAGCCAACCAGAGUCUUAUGCGUCACACAGCUCAGUGCCUUCAGGAGAUGAUGAACAAACAGGCUUCUCAUCGCAGUGUCCUCAGAGCGCGCAGGGUCCGACGAACAGUGGGGAGGAACACUUCUGUUUGGAGAGCUGUGGUCCGCAAAUGGCCCAAUUGUCUCUGGCGUUAACAGGAAAUGGCGUGUGUCCUAUGCUGUCUUUGCCGUGCCCUGACUCUAACAAAGCAGGCCAUCCCUCUCCGUUUUGUGAAAGAGAUAUCUUAGAAAUGGGAAGCGUUUGCAACGAAAGUGAGUUGAGUUUGACACACUGUGGCUUACCCCGCGAGCUUCCGACCCCAGGGCAGGCAAAUCCACCAGAACUCAUUGAGCAAGCGGGCACCGACAUGAAACAGACUGUGGAGACGCUCGGUGCUGAAAGCAGCUGUGACCCCAGCUCAUGUCCACUCAAGAUAUCAGAGGCGGUCGAUUGCGACACAGUAUUAGAGAAGAGUGAGGCCCCAUUUGAAGAGGGAAUGACAGGUGAUCUGUCAGACCCUACGCUGACCGCUCUGAGUCAUGACGAGCCGUUCGGGGAAAGGAGCCGUGAGGAAAGGGAAGUGGCUGAACAUUUGGCAAAAGGGUUUUGGCCUGACCUGUGCCCAUCUCAGGUUCCACCACUGCCCCUUGACCCUGUGGACCAAAACAAUCUGGCAAAAGCGUCCGAUUUUCACUGGCUGAAGCAGCUGGACUUGAGCUCCAGUGUAGGAGACUGUCCCUUCCUCAGAGACCUUGGGACAGGCGAUGAACCUGCCGCACACGCUGACAACUUGUCCCAGGCAGAGAAGAGUCCCUACAUGUCCCCCUCGCUCAACUCUGGGGAUGACUCUGACCUGGACACAGAUGGAGACACUGAGGCCAACAACAAACGAGCAGCUGAGAUUCAGCUCCCGUUCCCAGUGGAGCAGAUCUCUGCGUUGAGUCGCAGCGCCUUCCAGCAGCUUUUGAGACAGCACAACCUGACUCAGGAUCAGCUGGAGUUUGUCCACGAUGUCCGUCGACGGAGUAAAAACCGCGUGGCUGCACAGCGCUGCCGAAAGAGGAAACUGGACAGCAUACACCAGCUCGAAUGUGAAAUCAAAAAAUUAAAAAGUGAAAAAGAGGUGCUGCUGCAGGAGCAAACAGAGCUCAAGCAAAGUCUUGAGGAGAUGCAGAAGAGCCUGCGCGGGCUGUGCAAGAAUGUCAGCAUCGAGUCUGGCUCCGACCAGGACCACCUGCAUCUUCUCGCCAAGCUCUCCUCACCGGACUUUCCCAUCUCUUCCUCUGGCCUCGAGGGAAAAAACAAAGAGCCACAGAUCACUAUUGAAAUGGUAAGUUGCUCUUCGGUUUGUGAACAAAGUGGGCCACCUGCAGACUCGGUUCACACGAAUGCACCGCAGGCCACCGCAGAAGAUGCAGGCUGCCCUGUUCCUUUGCCCAACGCCUGUCUGGACACGAACAACAGCCUAUAAUUGGACUCCAAUUCUUUUGUCAUUUCUAAUUAUGCAGGACCACAAGGCUAAUGGUGGACCACGAUUGUAUACUGUAUUCCUCUUUGUGGAUGAAAAAAAAGGUUUCCUUUAUAUUGUGCUGAAUUAUUUCUGCCUGAUUGAGGCAUCUUAAAUGGACACUGAAAUGUGAAACAUUUCUUUCUCUGGAUUUCUAAUCUGGAUUUUACUGUAAUAAACAGAUUUCAGUAUUCGUCAGUUUUAAGGUGCAGACAAUUUUCAGGUAAUUCCCAAACAUUUCAAUCUGUAAAUUAGGUUUUUCUCAGGGAAACUCAUAACCUGACUGUGUUUUGAAUCUCGCUGCACAUCCUCACCUCCUUCAACCUGCUCAUUUAGGAACAUUUAUACUAAGGCAUCUAUAAUUACAAUCGGUAUGAUUUUAUGUUGUUUCUUUGAUUAAAUAUGCACGUCACUAACUGAACUUUUUAGAUUAGAUUAAUACGGAUAGUUUGAAGGAAUAACUGUGGAAAAACUCGAGGAAUGGUUAUAGUGUGUCUGAAAUGUUACAAUGGAACAUAAGAAAUUAUGUUAUCUGAUGCAAAAUGUGCCUUAUGCAAUAGUGUAGCGUGACUUCUGAAAGAUUAAGGUGUUAUUUUUGCAUAUUCUUGUCUUAAGCACUGUUGCACAUUAACCCAGAGCUAAUAUGGAUGGCAUUAUCUUACAUUUAGGUCUGUUUGCAUGUUGAGGAUUUUUUUAUUAAAUGCUUUCAUGAAAUAACAGAUUUAAAUAAACGUUUAUUACCA